AUGGCUACUACUCAUGGAUCCACCACUCACCUUGCAACAGGGCCAAUGCCUGCCACGGCACCAAUAAGUGCAGAUGAACUGAAAGAAUAUGAGCGCAUUCUGAAAAUCAGCGAUGAGAUUUUCGCAGGCUCUCACCCGCGCCUCAAGGUCCCCCAGCAGUUUGUGCGCAGGCCUGCGGUUAGGAACAGCCAACAUGGCCAUCCAGCCCGACAGGUAUCAAAGAGCAAACUGGCUGCGGCUCCUGCAGAAAAUGUACCUUUAUCCAACUUGGCCCAACGCCCCCAAAGCUCACAGGCUCCCCCCGCAGCAAGCAACGCGCCCACGCCCUCGGUUCUAAACGCUGCAGCACCCCCCUUCCGAAUGGCUUCCAAACCCACCUCCGAAAUCGAUCCUAUCUUCUUGACCAAGUCGGAUGAUCUCGUUCGGGCAGAAAUUCAAUUGCAACGGCAGAGAGUGGAAAGGACAUUGCGUGAUCAGCUGGAGAAGAAGAAGCAGGACUCGAAACUGAAACCCGCGAUUCAAGAUACCAAACCGGACUUUGAUGUCUCGGAUGUUUUGGAUCGCGCUCUCGAGAUCGUGCGACCCGUUUCACCGAGUGAUCCGUCCGAGGUCAAUGGGCCGAACGAUUCCUUCGAUGAAAACUCCUUCUACUCCAGUAGAGCACCCGACUCUCCUCAGCCCGCCGGUGGUCACCGAAAGCCCUCGCCAGCGCCUCCGGCCCAGCCGGCUGGCUCUACCUCACGCGUUCCGGUAGAACAUUACGCAGAUGAGUUGCAACGACUGGAAGCUCUGAACCGACCGGGAUCUGACCAGGAAAUGCAUGAUGCUUACCCUGUUGUUGACCAGGGCACCCCUAAUCCUCCAAAGCCAACACUCCCGUCCCAGCCAAAUACCUCUGCUCAUCUCCGUGAGCUGGAAUUAGCAGAUGCCCCCGAGGAACCUGAAUACUCUCCGCCCGCACCAGUGGCGCCUCCGAUUGAUCCAAGAGACUACGGCCGAAUGGCAAUCAGUGAUGAUCGAGGCAGAUACGCCGCCCAGACACAGGGUAUGCACGGCGUGACUUCACCUGCGAACAACGUGAAGGUAGUCCGGAAUCACAUCACCUCCCCCGCUGCCCCUCGGCCAUCGCGCGUGUCCCCUCUGGCGACUGCUAAGGUUCCCUCGGUUCAGCAGCUUCGGGGCGCACGGCCCGAGCGCGGAUCUGAGCAGGUAUUCUCGGACCCUGACUCUGGUCGCGCAAGCCCUAGCGGGCCAGCCCCCCAGGUCGUGUCCCAUAAGCGAAGAAAACUGCACGGGAAAGAGGACACCCGCCUGGUCACUCACAAAAAUCAGAAUGCUAGGCCUUCCGAUACAUACGUCAAGGAAGAGCCGGUCUCACCACCGCCUUUCGCUGAUGAUCCGGGUGUGAUGCCGAAUCGGCAACCUCAAGAACGGCCCGUGUAUAUUGACAUUGCGUCACCACAAUACACUCCCGUGGUCGAGAGGCAUGAGCAGGGCCCAGUCUACGAGGUGAAUCCUUAUCAUGAAAUUCCUGCCGAACAACGAGCCCACCGUGCAGUUUCUCAAUUAGGCGACCGACGAGUGGUCCGUGACGAUGCCGACCUGCGACGUGUCGCCACCAUGCAGUACGCCAGGCAACCUGAGUAUCACCGAGGCUAUAUCGAGCCUGAUCCCCGUGGUGCCCGAGCUGCCUCUUAUGCAGUUGUGGAAAGGUUGCCGCAAGAGCGACCUAGUUACUACGAAGAAGUCCCCUCGUCAUAUGGGCCUCGCUACGUUACUGUCGAUGACGGUCACCGGCCCGCAUAUCAGGAACCGUAUUACGACGAGCAUCCACCAGUGCGCGUGGUGACUGCACCUGAACGUCGCUUUGUGGUCGAUGAACACGGUAAUCGCUUUGAGAUGGUCCCAGCGCCGAGGGUGCAAUCUAUGGCGCCGCCUCCGAGACCAGUGUCACGAGCACCAAAGGCCGAUGUCUAUGGUGACCACGUUCCUGUCCGUACAGCCAGUGUCCGACCGCCAUCUGUCAUACACGAUCCCUACGGUGACCACAGAUACGUGCAGGAGAUGCCUCCACCCCCACUGACAUACAGAAGGGUGGUAUCGGACUAUGCUCAUCCCGUUGCCGGGGAACGGAGAGCAUACGCAACACCAUUGGAAAGUCACGAUCCAUACGCCCCAAGUGGCAACGUGCAACAUGCCGAAUAUGUCCCCCGUCGAUCGGCAUACGUAGAGGAGCAUGCCCCACCUCUAGACCGAAUCAUUCGCACCUCAAGUGUGCGACCACAACAGGUUCGGUAUGAAGAGCCCAUUGAAGUGGUCCAGCGUGUCAGCAGUGUCCGUCCCGGCGGGCCCAGUCGUGAAGUAAGCGUCUUUCUGGAUGAUCGGCAACGGGGCGAGUACAUUGAACGGCCGUACUACGUCCGGGAGCAACGAUAUUACGAAGGUGAUGAUGGAAAUCGCAUGGCGUUGGAUGGUCCCGCAGACUCGGUUCAGCGUCCCCAGCCACGCUACUAA